AUGUCGACAGCUGGAAAUUUGAAAGUUCUGAAUGCUCUGGAUGGCGCCAAAACUCAAUGGUAUCAUUUCACAGCGAUAGUGAUCGCAGGGAUGGGGUUUUUCACAGACGCCUACGAUCUCUUCUGCAUCUCUCUUGUAACCAAAAUGCUUGGCCGCAUUUACUACACAAAACCAGGCUCACCGAAGCCUGGAAGCUUACCGCCAAAUGUCUCCGCCAUGGUCAACGGUGUAGCCCUCACCGGAACCCUCGCCGGUCAACUAUUCUUCGGGUGGCUCGGGGAUAAGCUCGGAAGGAAGAAGGUGUACGGAAUCACACUCAUGCUCAUGUGUCUUUGCUCUAUAGCUUCAGGUUUAUCCUUCGGGAGCUCUCCAAAAUCAGUGUUGACCACUCUCUGCUUUUUCCGAUUCUGGCUCGGGUUCGGGAUUGGCGGCGAUUACCCACUCUCCGCCACCAUAAUGUCGGAAUAUUCCAACAAAAAAACACGCGGUGGGUUUAUCGCGGCGGUUUUCGCUAUGCAAGGGUUUGGGAUUUUAGGAGGUGGUGUGUUCGCGAUUAUCAUUUCAUCUGUGUUCAAUUCAAGUUACAAAGCUCCACCGUAUGAAAUCGAUCCGUUGAAAUCAACGGUUCCCGAAGCCGAUUAUGUCUGGAGGAUCAUCUUAAUGGCUGGAGCUCUCCCGGCUCUCCUCACUUUCUAUUCAAGAUCGAAGAUGCCGGAAACCGCCCGUUACACCGCUCUGGUGGCCAAGAACGCCACCAAAGCCGCUUCCGACAUGUCUAAAGUGUUGAAUGUUGAAAUCGAAUCCGAUCAACAAAAAGUAAACGCAAAAUUCGAAGACGACUAUGGGCUUUUUUCUAAAAAGUUCCUCAAACAACACGGGAAACACUUGCUUGGAACCACCACCACUUGGUUUCUACUCGACAUCGCUUUCUAUAGUCAAAAUCUUUUCCAAAAGGACAUAUUCACCGCUAUCGGGUGGAUCCCACCAGCAAAAACAAUGAACGCGAUUGAAGAAGUGUACAGAAUCGCAAGAGCUCAAACACUAAUCGCGCUAUGCAGUACUGUUCCCGGUUACUGGUUCACUGUGUUCUUGAUCGAUAGGAUCGGAAGAUUCACGAUUCAGAUAAUCGGGUUCUCGAUGAUGACCAUCUUCAUGUUUGCAUUAGCUUUCCCUUACGACCAUUGGACUCGCCCUGAAAACAAUAUCAAAUUUGUUGUCAUGUACUCCUUCACUUUCUUCUUUGCCAAUUUCGGCCCUAACACCACCACGUUUGUGGUCCCGGCGGAGAUUUUUCCGGCGAGGGUGAGGUCGACCUGCCAUGGUAUCUCAGCUGCAUCGGGGAAGCUUGGGGCAAUGGUGGGUGCUUUUGGGUUCUUGUAUUUGGCUCAGAAUCAAGAUCCAGCCAAGACAGAUGCGGGUUAUCCACCCGGUAUUGGAGUGAAAAACUCACUGAUUGUGUUAGGUGUGGUUAACCUUUUUGGAACUUUGUGUACUCUGUUAGUCCCAGAAUCCAAAGGGAAGUCGCUUGAGGAAAUCACCGGUGAGUCCAAGAACGAAACCAAUGAUUCACGGGCUUAG